UGAAAAUUAUUAUUCGUGGUGAUAUUCGGACAGGAAAAUCUACCUUAUUUAAUCGAUUGCAAGGAGAAUCUUUUCGUGAAGAAUAUAUUACUACACCUCAAAUUCAAGUUGCAAAUAUACAAUGGAAUUAUAAUCAAACAGAUGAUGUUAUUAAAGUGGAAAUUUGGGAUGUGGUUGACAGGGGUAUCAAUCCAACAAAUAUUAAUAAGAGACCUACGACACCAAAUGUUGCAUUGAAAAUUGAAAAUUCACAAAUACCGACGAAACCACAACCAUCCAGUUCUCCGCUUCAGUCACCGGAUCAACUUUCACUCGAUGCUGCAACUAUAGACGUAUAUCGUAAUACACAUG